UAAAGGCUGAUAGGCCUACAUACUAUACUGCUAAAACUGUUCUAAAGGUCUUCAUACUUGUUUGAUCCUAGAAUUUGGACGCCAUCUAUCUUGGCCUAUCUCUAUCUAUGCUUGAACGUAUCAAAUUUGGAACAUGAAGUCAGUUUGACUUCCUCUUCAUGGCAAUGUUUAUUCGUUUUUAUAGAAGUAAUUGUGUGUACAUGUUAGGGUAGUGUCAUCAUUGACAUUGUGACUGUGUUAUCAAGAUGGCUGACAUUUCCUACACAAGUAAACAAAUGGACGCCAACUGUGAGGAAGACACAACAAUAACAAUGUAUAGACUUAACUCUGGAAAUGAUAAUGGCUCUGGAUGUGUGAAAACUUGUGAUUUAUUUGUUCCUUGUUCUUCUGGAGAAGGUGUGAAUCUUGGGAUUGAUAGCAUAGUUGUUAAAAGUGAACUUACGUCUAGUUCUGGGACUAGAUCUAGAUCUAGUACUAGUACGGGUACUCUUUGUACUAACAGUUUAAGGGAAGAUGUAAAAAAACAUGACAUUAUAAUAGUUAUAGGCAGGGAAAGUGAAUCUGUGGGUGUUGAUGAGGAACAUCUGUCAGUAAAAGAAGAACCCAGUUUUGAAUGUCUGUGUGACGUCAAGGCCGAGACAAAUGACAAACUGAACGUUGAAAGUGAAAGUAGCCUGACUCUCAGACACAGUGUAGUAAAAGAUGAGCCUAUCUGUACAGAGGAGGAAGACGUGAAACCUGUCAUUAAACCAGAGUGCCUCACAGAUAUCUGUACGGUGAAAACGGAACCACUAUUUGGACAUUUUCCUGACUUUGGUGAUGAAGUGAGACCAAAAGUGGAGAAUUUUGUGAAAGAAGAAGUGUCAGAAUGGGAAGGUCCAGACUUUGGAGAGGUAGGAAAGACAGAAGGACAAGUGGGAGAUGUGGAGGAUACGUGUGCUGAGCCCGUGUUUGUUGAGGAUCACAUGAGUCAGGCUGGAGGACUACAGCUGAAAAUCUCCAAUGUGAGGAGCUUGUGUAUGGAGCAGAGUGCCAGCCCCGACACUGAUGUUGUUGCUUCCAGUAGUCCAACUUCAACUUUCUCUUCUGAUCCAGUCACAAGUUCAGGAUCUGUUGUCAGGGCCAGCUGGGAUCAUGGUGAGAGUUCUGUCUACCACAGGUCAAGAUGGCAGUUGGUGCGUCUAUCCCAUUAUACCGCCAGCCCCAUUGUACCGCCAACUUCAUGCUCAUCCCAAGAUGUCUCGACUUCCCCUCAUUGGCCACUGACUUCCGGUCACCCGGUACAACAGACAAGUGAUAUGCAGAGAAGACAAGGUCAAAGUUCAAGCUGCAGAUUUCAGACAGGACAAAGGGUCUAUGAAGAGAAUGUUGGCAGUGUCCGGAAAGAAACCUCUUCUGGUGACAUCGGUGCUGUGGAGAGAGUCUGUGACCUCCAUCAGAACAUAGCAGGUGACAAGCAGAUGGACAACAGAAAUCUCUACCAUGGUCGGGAAAAACCUCAUGAGUGUAAAGUCUGUGGUGAAAUGUUUUCAGAAGUAGGUAACUUACAGACACACGAAAAAAACCACACAAGAGAUAGGCCUCACCAGUCUGAAGUUUGUGGUGCUGCAUUUACCAAGAGCAGACAUCUACAGGAUCACAAAGGAACACACACAAGAGAAAGACCUUACAAGUGUGAAGUUUGUGGUGCCACAUUUACACGUUGUAGAAGUCUACAGGAUCACAAAAGAACACACACAGGAGAAAAACCUUACGAGUGUGAAGUUUGUGGUGCCACAUUUAAACAGAGUGGACAUCUACAGAGUCACAAAAGAAUACACACAGGAGAAAAACCUUACAAGUGUGAAGUUUGUCGUGCAACCUUUACACAAGGUAUCAGUCUACAGCGGCACAAAAGAACACACACAGGAGAAAAACCUUACAAGUGUGAAGUUUGUGGUGCCACGUUUACACGUGGUAGCAGUCUACAGGAUCACAAGAGAAUACACACUGGGGAAAAACCUUACAAAUGUGAAGUUUGUGGUGCCACUUUUGCUCACGGUAGCUGUCUUUUUCGUCACAAAAGAACACACUCAACUAAAACACAUUACCAGUGUGAAGUUUGUGGUGUCACUUUUGCUAGUAGCAGUAGUCUACAUAAACACAAAAGAAUACACACGAGAGAAAAACCUUACAAGUGUGAAGUUUGUGGUGCCACGUUUACAAGUGGUAACAGUCUACAUGAUCACAAAAGAAUACACUCAGGAGAAAAACCUUACAAGUGUGAAGUUUGUGGUGCCACAUUUACAUUAAGUAGCAAUUUACAAAGUCACAAAAGAAUACACAAAGGAGAAAAACCUAAGUGUGAACUUUCUGGUGACAUCGGUGCUGUGGAGAGAGUCUGUGACCUCCAUCAGAACAUAGCAGGUGACAAGCAGAUGGACAACAGAAAUCUCUACGAAGAAUGUGACAUGAGUUUAAAUGACUGUGCUUUUGCAAGUGAAGCGAAAGCUGAUGAUAUUGGUGUGGAAAGUGAUGUGUGUAAGAUUGUUUCACAGACAGGGCCAGGAAAUCGUCUUAACGUAAGUUCAAAGCAUGAGUCUGGCGGCAAAAGUCGUAUGUCUUGUGAUAGUAAACAGUCCAUGGGACAAGGUCCCGAUUUCAACCUUUCUUGUGCUAAGUCUUUUGCCAGUUGUAUGAAUUCUACGGAAUCUUCUAGUACCACACCCCCAAAAGUGUACAAAGAGAUGGGCGCUGGUUGCCAAGUUGUUCCAAGGUCUCUGGUCAGGGAAAGCAGAUACUCUGGAGAACAACCUCACAAGUGUAAUGUCUGUCUUGAGAUGUUUACAGAACUAGGUGACCUACAGAGGCACAAAAGAACAUACACAAUAGAUAGACCUUGCAAGUGUGAAGUUUGUGGUGUCACAUUUACUUGUAGCAGUAGUCUACAUAAACACAAAAGAAUACAUUCAGGAGAAAAAUCGUACAAGUGUGAAGUUUGUGGUGCCACUUUUGCAUAUGGUAGCGAUCUACAGCGUCACAAAAGAAUACACUCAGGAAAAAAACGUUACCAGUGUGAAGUUUGUGGUGUCACUUUUGCUAGUAGCAGUAAUCUACAGAAACACAAAAGAAUACACAGAGGAGAAAAACCUUACAAGUGUGAAGUUUGUGGUGCCACGUUUACACAGAACGGAAAUCUACAGAGUCACAAAAGAAUACACACAGGAGAAAAACCUUACAAGUGUGAAGUUUGUGGUGCCACAUUUACAUUCAGUUCCAAUUUACGAAAUCACAAAAGAAUACACACAAGAGAAAAACUUUACAAGUGUGACAUUUGUGGUGUCGGAUUUACAGAAAGUGGAAAUCUACAGACACACAAAAGAAUACACACAGGAGAAAAACCUUACAAGUGUGAAGUUUGUGGUGCCACAUUUACAUUAAGUAGCAAUUUACAAAGUCACGAAAGAAUACACACUGGAGAAAAAGCUUAGUGUGAACUUUCUGGUGACAUCGGUGCUGUGGAGAGAGUCUGUGACCUCCAUCAGAACAUUUUAUCCACUCUUCUUUACUUAAACAAAUUCAAUCGGAACCACAGAAUAUGGUUCAGUUCUACCGAUUGUUCAAAUAAAGCGUGUUCACUUUAGGCGGGCUUCACGGUAUUAUCAUGUUACUUCUGGCUUCUCAUUUGUUCAGAACGUGUGCCAGGAACAAUUUAAUCAGUUGAAUUUGAUCUGUCCCCAUGGUUUUAUGCACCCCGCAUAAUUUAGCAAAAUUUGAUCAUUUUUUGCAUAAUUUCUAAAUAUUUUCCUAUAUCAUUCUUUGUUAAAAUUAACAGAAUCGCAUAAUUUCACAUUUUUGGGCUAAGUUUGCAUAAUUUCUGAAUUUUUCUUGCAUAAAACGAUGGGGACAGUUUUAUCUGUUUUUGCCUGUAUUAAUUCUUUAUUUCUGUAUUUUAAAAAAAAGUUGGGUUCUGUUUUACAAUAAAUCAUAAAACCUCAGCCUAGCAGGUAUCUUUGAUGGAUAUAGAGGUGAAAAAUCAGUUAAGUUUUUUUUCUCCUCCUGUUAAAUGUGAAAAACCAGAGUUAUGAUAGUUGAGCCGCAUCCCCAUGAAAUAUGUUGGCUAAUGAAUCAUUAAACUUUUAUAAAAUGUUCAUUUAUAUAACGUUUGUUUUAUUUAAUAAAAUAAGAACGUCUUUCAAACACAUA